AAAUUACCAUAUGGAUCAAUAGGGAGAGUCUUCUUCCAUGUAUAAAUAGGAACAUACACACACAAAAACAGUAAACAUAUCAAAUUACAAACAUGAUAUUAUUCAACGGCUAUUUCACUAUGACUAAUAUGCUUGCUAUAUUUGUUGUAGUAACUUCAUUCACAUUUGUUUUCACAAAUGCAGAAGAUCCUCUUCUUGAAAUUGGUGACCUUGAUCGAUACAGUUUCCCUAAGGGCUUCGUUUUUGGGGCAGGAUCAUCAGCAUACCAAUUUGAAGGUGCAUGGAACGAAAGUGGCAAAGGACUAAGUAUCUGGGAUACUUUCACCCAUAAUCAUCCAGAAAAAAUAAGGGAUGGAAGUAAUGCAGACCUCACUGUUGACCAAUAUCACCGCUAUAAGGAAGAUGUGAAAAUUAUGAAAGACAUAAAUCUGGAUUCGUACAGAUUUUCAAUCUCUUGGCCAAGACUCCUCCCAAAGGGAAAGUUGAGCGGAGGCAUAAAUUGGGAAGGAGUACAAUAUUACAACAAUCUCAUCAAUGAACUGUUGGCUCAUGGUAUAGAACCUUUUGUAACUCUUUUUCAUUGGGAUGUACCACAAGUCUUAGAAGAUGAAUAUGGUGGUUUCUUAAGUUCUCGCAUUCAAAAUGAUUUUCGAGACUAUGCGGAUCUUUGUUUCAAAGAAUUUGGAGAUAGAGUGAAGAAUUGGGUUACUUUGAAUGAGCCAUGGUUAUUUAGUAAUGGAGGUUAUGCAAUAGGAACAACAGCACCAGGUCGUUGUUCGACCAAUGCGCAGUGUCUAGGUGGUGAUUCUGGCACAGAACCCUAUAUAGUUACACACAACCAAAUUCUUGCUCAUGCAAAAGCUGUAAAUGUGUAUAAGACCAAGUAUCAGGCAUAUCAAAAGGGAAAGAUUGGUAUAACGUUGGUUACAAACUGGUUCAUAGCACUCGGAGACAAAAGCAUACCCGAUCAAGAGGCUGCAAAGAGAUCACUUGAUUUCCAAUUUGGAUGGUUUAUGGAACCACUAACAACUGGAGACUAUUCUGUAAGCAUGCGAAACAUUGUGAAAAAUCGAUUACCUAAAUUCUCUCCACGACAAUCAGUUCUAGUCAAGGGUUCAUUUGAUUUUCUUGGCCUAAACUAUUAUUCUUCUAGCUAUAUUAAUAAUGCACCUCCCAAAGCUAAUGCAAAACCUACUUACACAACCGAUGCUAUGUCAAAUACUUCAUUUGAAAAACAUGGGAUACCCCUAGGUCCAAGGGCUGCUUCGGUUUGGAUAUACGUUUAUCCAAGAGGACUUCGAGAUCUUUUAUUAUAUAUCAAGGAUAAAUACAACAAUCCCGAAGUUUACAUCACUGAAAAUGGUAUGAAUGAAUUCAACGAUGCAACACUUCCAGUGAAAGAAGCUAUUUUGGAUACUUACAGAAUUGAUUAUUAUUAUCGUCAUUUCUACUACAUACGUUCUGCAAUAAAGUCCGGCUCAAACGUUAAGGGAUUUUUCGCUUGGUCAUUUUUGGACUGUAACGAAUGGUUUGCAGGCUUUACUGUUCGGUUUGGAUUAACCUUUGUAGAUUAUAAAGAUGGAUUAAAAAGGUACCCAAAACUUUCUGCAAAAUGGUACAAGAACUUUCUCAAAAAGAACUUGCAUUAAUUAACUCUAUCGUCUGAAGCUGGGGCACCUUUAAAUAUACUGUUAGGCUUUUUUUAUAGAAAAUCAUUAGGUUGUUAUUAAUGUUUUAUGCUCAUUUGUUAAAUAAGUGCCUUGUACCAGCAACUAUGAUCAUAUAGUUGAUCCUUUAUGUAUCAGUUUGAUUUUGAAAUAAAUUUGAAUAAAAACUUUGAUCUAUUUCAACCGA